CGUGAGUGCCUUGAAUAUUUCUGCGAGACGGUUUGUAAAAGGUAUGGCGGUGAAUUCCUACGUAGACCAACGAGCCACGACAUCGCGCUAUUGUAUCAGGCUCAUGAGGAUAGGCAUCACCUACCUGGCAUGUUAGGGAGUCUCGAUUGUACACACUUUGUCUGGAGAAUGUGCCCCACAGAAUUGCGUGGACAAUACAUGAGAGGCGAUCAUCAAUACCCGACGGUUAUGUUAGAAGCGGUAGCGUCUCAAGAUUUGUGGAUUUGGCAUGCUUUUUGUGGGCCAGCGGGUUCACAAAACGAUAUCAACGUGCUGCAACAAUCUCCGUUAUUUCUUGCUCAACGAAAUGGAACGGCGCCAAAUUGUCCAUUUCAAGUGAACAACCAUUUAUACAAACGCGGGUAUUAUCUUACUGAUGGGAUCUACCCUACUUGGUCCGUGUUUGUGAAGUCUUUUCCAUAUCCACACGACCCGAACGAAAAAAAAUUCAAGAGGCAACACGAGGCCGCAAGAAAAGAUGUGGAACGGGCGUUUGGUGUGUUAAAGUCGAAGUGGGGAAUACUAAAUCGUCCAAUGCGUUCGAAAACGGUGAAAAAAAUAAGGUCCAUCGUGUAUACGUGCCUUAUUUUACACAACAUGAUUAUAAAAGACGACGGAAGGGCGAUAGCACCGGUUCAUAUUCAAGAUCCUCCAGUCGAACCCGUCUUCGAUGAUACAGCCUAUACGGAGCUCAUUGACGAAGACACGCAUUGGAGGCUAAAACACGAUCUCGUUGAGCAUCUCGGAAGUUUAGAUUUGCCUCACCUUGAAGUUGAUUCGGACGAGGAGUAGUUUGUUUUUAUAUUUUUUUAGGUUGAAUGUAUCUUUUUUUCUAGUUCGAAUGUUUUUUUUUUAAUUUAAUGAAAUGUCUUUUAUUUAAUUUUUAUUUUUACUAAUCUUUUUUUAAUUUAUAAAACAUGCAUUAUUUUAGAGAAUAAAAAAAAAAAAAAAAAAACAACUCACCUAAUAGGUGAGUGCCGCCAUCAAAACAAGGUAUUAGGGGAGUGUAUUAGGUGAGUUGACGUGGCACCAUGUGAUUGGCUAUGUGUAAGAUGGGGGACUCACCUAUUAGGUGAGCACCCCUUACACCAUUAGAU